AUGUUGUUUUUACUGGUGGUUAUCGACUUUAACCUUGUGUCGCAUGCUCCAACAGUCAUACAGGUCGGCUGUCAGGUUGUGCCGCAAGCUCCAACAGUCAUACAGGUCGGCUGUCAGGUUGUGCCGCAAGCUCCAACAGUCAUACAGGUCGGCUGUCAGGUUGUGCCGCAAGCUCCAACAGUCAUACAGGUCGGCUGUCAGGUUGUGCCGCAAGCUCCAACAGUCAUACAGGUCGGCUGUCAGGUUGUGCCGCAAGCUCCAACAGUCAUACAGGUCGGCUGUCAGGUUGUGCCGCAAGCUCCAACAGUCAUACAGGUCGGCUGUCAGGUUUGUCGCAAGCUCCAACAGUCAUACAGGUCGGCUGUCAGGUUGUGCCGCAAUCUCCAACAGUCAUACAGGUCGACUCAGGUUGUGUCGCAAGCUCCAACAGUCAUACAGGUCGGCUUUCAGGUUGUGUCGCAAGCUCCAAUAGUCAUACAGGUCGGCUGUCAGGUUGUGCCGCAAGCUCCAACAGUCAUACAGGUCGGCUGUCAGGUUGUGCCGCAAGCUCCAACAGUCAUACAGGUCGGCUGUCAGGUUGUGCCGCAAGCUCCAACAGUCAUACAGGUCGGCUGUCAGGUUUGUCGCAAGCUCCAACAGUCAUACAGGUCGGCUGUCAGGUUGUGCCGCAAUCUCCAACAGUCAUACAGGUCGACUCAGGUUGUGUCGCAAGCUCCAACAGUCAUACAGGUCGGCUUUCAGGUUGUGUCGCAAGCUCCAAUAGUCAUACAGGUCGGCUGUCAGGUUGUGUCGCAAGCUCCAACAGUCAUACAGGUCGGCUGUCAGGUUGUGCCGCAAGCUCCAACAGUCAUACAGGUCGGCUGUCAGUUUGUGUCGCAAGCUCCAACAGUCAUACAGGUCGGCUGUCAGGUUGUGCCGCAAGCUCCAACAGUCAUACAGGUAGGCUGUCAGGUUGUGACGCAAGCUCCAACAGUCAUACAGGUCGGCUGUCAGUUUGUGUCGCAAGCUCCAACAGUCAUACAGGUCGGCUGUCAGGUUGUGCCACAAGCUCCAACAGUCAUACAGGUCGGCUGUCAGGUUGUGACGCAAGCUCCAACAGCCAUACAGGUCGGCUGUCAGUUUGUGUCGCAAGCUCCAACAGUCAUACAGGUCGGCUGUCAGGUUGUGCCGCAAGCUCCAACAGUCAUACAGGUCGGCUGUCAAGUUGUGUCGCAAUCUACAACAGUCAUACAGGUCGGCUGUCAGGUUGUGUCGCAAGCUCCAACAGUCAUACAGGUCGGCUGUCAGGUUGUGCCGCAAGCUCCAACAGUCAUACAGGUAGGCUGUCAGGUUGUGACGCAAACUCCAACAGUCAUACAGGUCGGCUGUCAGGUUGUGUCGCAAGCUCCAACAGUCAUACAGGUCGGCUGUCAGGUUGUGUCGCAAGCUACAACAGUCAUACAGGUCGGCUGUAAGGUUGUGUCGCAAGCUCCAACAGUCAUACAGGUCGGCUGUCAGGUUGUGCCGCAAGCUCCAACAGUCAUACAAGUCGGCUGUCACCUUGUGUCGCAAGCUCCAACAGUCAUACAGGUCGGCUGUCAGGUUGUGCCGCAAGCUCCAAAAGUCAUACAGGUCGGCUGUCAGGUUGUGUCGAAAGUCCAAUAA